CUGCCAAAAGUAUAUAGACAGAGCUUGGCCCGGGGCCAGUUUCAUUUGCAGUGUGAACAUGGAAGCACCUCGCCAAGUACAACAGCAACUUCCUGCUCGAGGAAGAGGAGGAAGAAGAAGAGGAAGAGGAGGAGUGAGAAUGCGUGGAGGAAUAGGGGGAAGAGGCCGAGGAGCACGGAGGCACCAUGAUGUCCCAGAUGAAAUCCGGGCCACCCUUAUUGACCACGUUAUAAACCAUCGCCUCACAAUGGCAGAGGCAGGUCGCCGAGUGCAGCCUAAUGUGCCUCGGUCUACAGUCUCCUCCAUCAUCCAAACCUUUCGCAGGGAAAACAGGAUUGGACGACAGCCUCAAGUGGGUGGCAGAAGAAAACUCCUAAGUGAACAACAAGAACGAGAAAUAUGCAACAUGGUCAUUGCAAAUAAUGCCAUCACACUGAGACAGAUUCGUAAUGCAAUCCUGCUAGACAAUGUAAUGUUCCAAAAUAUAAACUCUAUCAGCAUCUCCACAAUAGACCGGGUAUUGAAGAAACAUCAGAUGACCAUGAAACAGAUUUACAGGGUACCAUUUGAGAGAAACUCUGACAGAGUGAAAGGGCUGCAGUACCAGUAUGUGCAUAGAAUAAUGGCAUUAGAAGGCAACGAAACCCCUCACAUCCUAGUGUUCGUUGAUGAAGCUGGCUUCAACCUGGCCAAAGGUCGAAGGCGUGGCCGUAACAUCAUUGGCCACCGAGCCACUGUGGAUGUCCCAGGCCAGCGAGGAGCAAAUAUAACAAUGUGUGCCGCUAUAUCAGAAAGAGGUGUGGCCACACACAUUCCCAGUUUAGGGCCAUACAAUACACAAAAGCUCCUCAAUUUUUUGGACCACCUUUAUACUGAUCUGAUCCCAGAAAAUGAGAGAGGUGUAGAAGGACCUCAGCUACCACAUUAUGUCAUUGUGUGGGAUAAUGUGAACUUCCACCGCGGCCCACGCAUCAGAACCUGGUUCACCACCCAUCCCCGGAUGCUAAUGGAGUUUCUUCCACCCUACUCUCCUUUCCUAAAUCCAAUUGAGGAGUUUUUUUCAGCUUGGAGGUGGAGGGUGUAUGAGCAUCAGGCUCAAGACCAGAGGGCCCUGCUGCAUGCAAUGGAUGCUGCAUGUGAGGACAUCACAGGGGAUCAAUGUAGGGGAUGGUUGAGACAUUCACGCCGUUUCUUCCCUCGCUGCAUCGCACGAGAAAAUAUCCGUUGCGAUGUGGAUGAGAAUUUAUGGCCUGACAGAGAGCAGCGCGUCGAUGGCCAGGAGGAUGAGGAUGGUGGCCAGGAAAGAGAGGGUGACAAUGGCGACCACUGA